GAGAAGGCAACAUGGCUCAGAGAGCAGAGGGAACGUUUAUCCUGCAUGGGAGAAAAGCAGCACUCAGAGAGAAGCCGUAUGAAUUUUUGAGCAAUACCCAAAAAACGACAAGCAGUCACAAUCUGAGCUUUCAAGGGCUUGCAAAUAAUCGCAGGCUUCAUUCAAGCCACAAAGGACAAUCUCUACGUAAUGUAACUCACGGAUCGUCGCAGUACACCAAAGAGAAUCCCAGCAUCGAUGACUUGGAAGAUAAUUUGAGGAAACUCAAAGUUCAGGUGGACAAUUUGGCCUCAAGCCUUAAUCUAGAAUAUGAAAACGAAGCAAAUUCUACCAGUUCUGCAGGUACAUCCACACCCCAUUGGCCAAUGCAAACGAACGGCACAGCUUACCAAAAGUAUACUGAUGGCAAAACACCAGACUCAAAUUGGUUUCUAAAGCCCAAACAUUUAGAAAACUCAGUGGAAAACUGUUCUGUCCUACAGAGCUCAGGAUUGCCUUCAUUUUCAAGGUCAUCCUUGUAUCACACUACAGGAAUUCUGAAUAGUGCAUCUUCGGGUAUCUUUUCCGAUUCUCCAGGACACUUAGACACUGCUUAUAGUGAAGCCAUGCCUGUCAAGCUCGGGGCACCACAUGUGAUUGGAGUCAAAUCUCUGUUGCCUCCAAAAAUCCCUGUGCGUCCUCGAUCCCCAGACAAAACACAAGCCUCCGUAGUGCGAGGGAGAUCCGAGUCGCUCGAUCGUUCUCAUUCUUUUUCACCCUCUUCCAAGAAAGCACGAUGGCUUAGAUCUCGGUCACAGUCACCAAAACCAAUAUGGCGGCCAAAUUCUGCAAAGGCUAAUGCCUGCAGCCAGCCACCACCGAGACCAAGGUCGAGUGGGAAAACAUCUUCAUCCAACAGACAGUCACGCUCACGUUUAUAUAGACCUGGGGCUUUUCUCGCAAGGUCCUUUACACCACCAAGGAAGACGAGGAGUAAUCUCACUUAUUCUUGGAGUCCAUACAGCAUACCAUCAACAGCUGUAUCUUCACCAAGCGCUGAGGAAAUCAGUGAAAGAUUUCUUCAGACCCUGGCAGAGAGAGAUGUUGGCAUGUCCUUGGUAGAAGCGUCACCGUAUCAGCAGGAACUGGCACGGCUAAGACUGGAGCGCCUUCGUGUGGAAGAAGAGUUACUACUUGAGAUUAAACGGCAACAAGAGCUGGAGAGAACAAGAGGCCCCAAACCUAAAUGGUACGAGAUGAAGAACUCGCAGUUCCACUAUGAAGCACGUAAAAAUAACGAGCUGUUGAAAAGCAGUAAGGAUUACCAGUCAAUUUACGAUUACCGGCAAGAUCUGGCUGCUGCUUCCAGGGACUUCCAAGAACACCUGAAGAUUACACAUUUGGAGCCCGUGUAAACUGGCCUAGCACUGGGACGUACCGGCUGAUUGGGAUCCCUUAGCUUCACCGAGUCCUAAUCUAUGAAGAGCUUCUGAGUGCAGCUACAUUCGCAGAGUCCAGCUGCUGGUCGGCAUUCUCAUCCAGAUAAUAUAAUCUCUUUUUCAGUGAUCAAUUUGCAGGGUGGGAGUUUUGCCUGAGUUAAGUACAUUUUAAUGAAUUUAACUUUUCUUUAUUAUGAGUGUCUGUGUGUAUGUGAUGGAUAGGAAAUAAUAUAUAAUAUUAAUUGGAUAUGUGUGUAUUUGUUUCUUUUAUUUUAAGUGUGUUACUAUAUUCAGGAACAUGUCAAUGGCAGCGGAUCGGGGUUUACCAUUUGUGGUAUCGUAACACACAUUGUGUAACACAAACGCUUGGUAGUACUUAUAUUGUUCCAAUAACUAUCACUAUUCACUACGUCGCUGCUCUUACAUCAGACGAAGGAAAAC